AUGGCGUCAAAUUACUAUUCUGCCGCUGGAGCCAUAUUUUUGCUUUACUUCAUCUUCUUUGUCUCUUCUUCAAUGGCUGCUUUAGUGAAAGAACAGCCCCUUGUGUUGAAAUACCACAGAGGCCCUCUUCUAAAGGGAACCAUCACCGUUAAUCUCAUAUGGUAUGGCAAGUUCACACCCAUCCAACGCUCCAUAAUUGUUGAUUAUCUGCAAUCCAUCAACUCUGUGAAGGCUCCACAACCGUCUGUUACAACAUGGUGGAAAACUACGGAGAAAUACAAGGGUGGUGCCCUCGGUUCAUCUACGCUCCUAGUAGGGAAGCAAAUUCUGGAAGAAAACUAUUCUUUAGGAAGGUCUCUCACGAACUCCCAUAUACUUUUCCUGGCGGCUAAGGGCAGGAAUUUAAGCGGGACAAUUAAUGUUGUUUUGACUGCGAAAGAUGUUGCCGUUGAUGGGUUUUGCAUGAGUCGUUGCGGUGGACAUGGAUCGACCGGCGGAGCGACCCGGUUCGCAUAUGCAUGGGUUGGGAAUUCGGAGACACAGUGCCCGGGUUACUGUGCAUGGCCCUUUCAUCAGCCCAUUUAUGGGCCGCAAACGCCGCCGCUGGUAGCGCCAAACGGCGACGUUGGCGUUGACGGGAUGGUGAUUAAUUUGGCAACUGUUUUGGCGGGUACCGUAACGAACCCGUUUAACAACGGGUAUUUCCAGGGCCCACCAACGGCUCCAUUGGAAGCGGUGACGGCUUGCACAGGCGUUUUCGGGUCGGGCGCUUAUCCGGGUUACGCCGGUUAUGUUUUGACGGAUAAGACCACUGGAGCUAGCUACAAUGCGCAUGGUAUGAACGGUCGGAAGUACUUGCUCCCGGCGAUGUGGGACCCACAAUCAUCUAAAUGUUCAACACUUGUUUGA